AUGGAAAAUACUUCUCUUAUUCCACGUCAGUCCUCUUUUAGAAGAUCUACCUCUAAUAAAAUAGAUUAUGUAUAUGAAGUAGAAUAUGUAAGUGAUGAUACUAAAGUUCCUAUCACCCAACUAUCUCUUCUCAAUCCCUACAAAGCCUUUACGAAACCAAAUACCACCCUUCCAAAAGUCUUAAAACAUGCCUUCAAUCCUAACAAGCACACAGCAAAGGAACUUGUUCUAGCUUCACAGUUGGAACAACAUUUGGUGCCAGCAACUGAAAUGGAGCAGAUGAUCCCUCUCCGUCUGAACGAGGUGAUGAUCCAUCAGUAG